CGCCCGAGGAGACCGAGCGCCGCGCGCACACCCGAUACAGAGCUUUACUAUCUCGCGCCCUCCCGCGCCUCCCUCCUCGCUGGGCAUUCAAACAGCUUUCCGACAUCACCAGCCAAGGAUUUUUUCCCCUCUCCUUAGUCGCCGUCCGUCCAUCAGUACCUGCGGGGCGGGGGGAACGGGAGGAGGAGGCGGGAGGAGAGCGGAAAGAGAAAGCAUAAGCUUGAGCCUUCCGAGCCGACCACGAACACUCCCGUAAUAAACCCACCGCCCCAACCAAUCUGCCUUAGCAGCCGCCGCCGCUUCUCGUCUCAGCGCUUUCUUGGCUUCUUGGCUGACCGGUUUGUUGGGGGGGUAGAUUCGGAAAAACAAAUCCUCGCUCUUAAGCCACUUGCAUUUUUUUGUCUCCUUAGUGUCUGCCUUCGGGGGGGGCUCCCCGCCCCCGCCAUCGCCUCGGUUGGAGGUUGGAUUCAAUUGGAUACGGCGUAGGCUCCGGGGUCCUGGGUUUUUCUCCCACCCCUCCCCUCUUUGACUCGCACCCCCACCCCAUCUUUUGCUCCUCUUAUGUGUGCGUUUAAAAAAAAUCAAUCCUGAUUUUUGAAGCUCAGCCGGGGAAAAUGGGCAACGGUGCUUGGGACCGAAGGGGAGUCUCUCCGUCACUGUUGCUGGGACGCGUGCCUGUGCUGGUGUCUUAGAGCAAGAGCCUCCCUGAGCUUUCGGAGUGGAAGAACAGUGGAAGAGACUGCAGCCUAAAGACUUUUAAAAUUAACUUGGCAUCACUUUUCUCAGCUCAAAGGCUAAACAAAAAAGCAGUGUCAUUUAUUCUAAGAAAUAACUUCUUAAAGGUUAAAGCUGAAAAAUAUUCAAGUUACUUUUGGAUAACAACUUACAGAGGCCAAAUGACAUAGGAUGAAGGCUGUUCGUAACCUGCUGAUUUAUAUAUUUUCCACCUAUCUCCUGGUUAUGUUUGGAUUUAAUGCUGCCCAAGACUUCUGGUGUUCAACUUUGGUGAAGGGAGUAAUUUAUGGAUCGUAUUCUGUAAGUGAAAUGUUUCCCAAAAACUUUACAAACUGCACUUGGACGCUGGAAAAUCCAGAUCCAACCAAAUAUAGCAUUUACCUGAAAUUUUCCAAAAAGGACCUUAGCUGCUCUAACUUUUCCCUCCUGGCUUAUCAGUUUGAUCAUUUUUCCCAUGAAAAAAUAAAGGAUCUUUUAAGAAAGAAUCAUUCUAUAAUGCAACUCUGCGAAUCCAAGAAUGCUUUCGUUUUUCUACAAUAUGAUAAAAAUUUUAUUCAAAUACGUCGGGUCUUUCCAACCGAUUUUCCAGGAUUACAGAAAAAAGGGGAAGAAGAUCAGAAAUCUUUUUUUGAGUUUUUGGUAUUGAACAAGGUGAGCCCAAGCCAGUUUGGUUGCCAUGUAUUAUGCACUUGGUUGGAGAGCUGCUUAAAAUCAGAAAAUGGGAGAACAGAAUCAUGCGGGAUCAUGUAUACAAAAUGCACCUGCCCUCAGCAUUUGGGCGAGUGGGGGAUCGACGACCAGUCACUGGUUUUGUUAAAUAACGUGGUGUUGCCUCUGAAUGAGCAGACCGAGGGCUGCCUGACCCAAGAGCUGCAAACCACUCAGGUCUGCAAUCUCACCAGAGAGGCCAAACGACCGCCCAAAGAAGAAUUUGGAAUGAUGGGAGAUCAUACAAUUAAAAGUCAGCGACCUCGAUCUGUUCAUGAAAAAAGGGUCCCUCAGGAACAAGCUGAUGCUGCUAAAUUUAUGGCACAAACUGGUGAAUCUGGUGUGGAAGAGUGGUCCCAGUGGAGCACAUGCUCAGUUACUUGUGGUCAAGGGUCGCAGGUGCGAACCAGAACUUGUGUAUCACCUUACGGGACACACUGCAGCGGCCCAUUAAGAGAAUCAAGGGUUUGCAAUAACACUGCCCUCUGUCCAGUCCAUGGAGUCUGGGAGGAGUGGUCUCCGUGGAGUUUGUGUUCAUUCACAUGUGGUCGAGGCCAAAGAACGAGGACCCGGGCAUGCACGCCACCCCAGUACGGGGGAAGGCCCUGUGAAGGACCCGAGACACAUCAUAAGCCUUGUAAUAUUGCUCUCUGCCCAGUUGAUGGACAAUGGCAGGAGUGGAGUUCCUGGAGCCAGUGCUCUGUGACCUGCUCUAACGGGACCCAGCAGAGAAGCCGGCAGUGCACUGCAGCCGCCCAUGGGGGCUCUGAAUGCAGAGGGCCCUGGGCCGAGAGCAGAGAGUGUUACAACCCUGAGUGCAUAGCCAAUGGCCAAUGGAAUCAGUGGGGUCACUGGAGUGGAUGUUCCAAGUCCUGUGAUGGCGGCUGGGAGCGGAGAACGAGGACCUGCCAGGGUGCGGCGGUGACGGGGCAACCUUGUGAGGGGACGGGCGAGGAAGUGAGAAGGUGCAGCGAGCAGCGCUGUCCUGCACCUUAUGAAAUAUGCCCAGAGGAUUAUCUGAUGUCGAUGGUGUGGAAAAGGACUCCAGCAGGCGACUUGGCCUUUAAUCAGUGCCCCCUGAAUGCCACAGGCACCGCUAGCAGACGCUGCUCGCUCAGUCUUCACGGAGUGGCCUUCUGGGAACAGCCGAGCUUUGCAAGAUGCAUAUCAAAUGAGUACAGACACUUGCGGCAUUCAAUCAAAGAACACCUUGCAAAGGGGCAGAGAAUGUUGGCGGGUGAUGGGAUGUCCCAGGUCACCAAGACACUGCUGGAUUUAACUCAGAGGAAAAACUUCUAUGCAGGUGAUCUUCUGAUGUCCGUGGAAAUCCUCAGGAAUGUAACAGACACGUUUAAGAGGGCAAGUUACAUUCCGGCAUCUGAUGGUGUCCAGAACUUCUUUCAAAUAGUUAGCAAUCUUCUAGAUGAAGACAACAAAGAAAAAUGGGAAGAUGCACAACAGAUUUAUCCAGGCUCAAUAGAGUUAAUGCAGGUGAUUGAAGAUUUUAUACACAUUGUUGGAAUGGGGAUGAUGGACUUUCAGAAUUCAUACUUAAUGACUGGAAAUGUAGUGGCUAGCAUUCAGAAGCUCCCUGCGGCCUCUGUUCUAACAGACAUCAACUUCCCAAUGAAGGGACGGAAGGGGAUGGUUGACUGGGCAAGGAACUCAGAAGAUAGGGUAGUCAUCCCCAAAAGCAUCUUCACUCCUGUGUCAUCAAAAGAAUUAGAUGAAUCAUCAGUCUUUGUUCUUGGAGCAGUCCUGUACAAAAACUUAGAUCUAAUUUUGCCCACUCUGAGAAAUUAUACUGUCGUUAACUCCAAAAUCAUUGUGGUCACCAUAAGGCCUGAACCCAAAACAACUGAUUCGUUCCUGGAGAUAGAGCUAGCUCAUUUAGCUAAUGGUACUCUGAAUCCCUAUUGUGUGUUAUGGGAUGACUCAAAAACGAAUCUUUCUUCCAAAUUCACAAAUGUCAAUGGGAGAGUAGGAGGCAGGAACGAGUCUUUGGGAACGUGGUCCACCCAGGGAUGUAAAACUGUGCUUACCGAUGCAUCCCAUACGAAAUGCUUAUGUGAUCGUCUCUCUACCUUCGCCAUUUUGGCUCAGCAACCUAGAGAAAUAAUCAUGGAAUCCUCUAGUACACCUUCAGUUACUCUAAUCGUAGGCAGCGGCCUUUCUUGCUUGGCCUUGAUCACCCUAGCAGUUGUCUAUGCAGCAUUAUGGAGGUACAUACGCUCUGAGAGGUCCAUAAUUCUAAUUAACUUCUGCCUGUCUAUCAUCUCAUCCAACAUCCUCAUACUGGUUGGACAGACUCAGACACAUAAUAAGAGCAUCUGUACAACCACCACUGCAUUUUUGCACUUUUUUUUCCUGGCUUCAUUCUGUUGGGUUCUGACUGAGGCGUGGCAAUCAUAUAUGGCUGUAACUGGAAAAAUUAGGACGCGGCUUAUAAGGAAACGCUUUUUGUGCCUUGGAUGGGGUUUACCGGCAUUAGUGGUGGCCACAUCAGUAGGCUUCACCAGGACGAAAGGAUAUGGCACUGACCACUACUGCUGGCUCUCUCUUGAAGGAGGACUACUGUAUGCUUUCGUGGGACCUGCAGCCGCUGUUGUCCUGGUCAACAUGGUGAUUGGCAUUUUGGUAUUUAAUAAACUUGUUUCCAGAGAUGGAAUCCUAGAUAAAAAGCUCAAACACAGAGCCGGUCAGAUGAGCGAGCCUCAUAGCGGUUUGACACUCAAAUGUGCCAAGUGUGGAGUAGUUUCAACAACAGCUUUGUCAGCCACCACCGCCAGUAACGCCAUGGCGUCCCUUUGGAGCUCCUGUGUGGUGUUACCUCUACUGGCUCUGACAUGGAUGUCAGCGGUUCUGGCCAUGACAGACAAACGCUCCAUAUUAUUCCAAAUACUUUUUGCUGUGUUUGAUUCAUUACAAGGUUUCGUGAUAGUCAUGGUCCACUGCAUUCUUCGGAGAGAGGUUCAGGAUGCAUUUAGAUGCCGAUUAAGAAACUGCCAGGACCCAAUCAAUGCUGAUUCUUCAAGUUCUUUUCCUAAUGGGCAUGCUCAAAUCAUGACAGACUUUGAAAAAGAUGUAGACAUUGCUUGUCGAUCAGUUCUUCACAAGGAUAUCGGUCCUUGCCGAGCAGCAACAAUAACAGGUACCCUCUCCAGGAUUUCUCUUAAUGAUGAUGAAGAAGAAAAGGGAACAAACCCUGAAGGGCUAAGCUAUUCAACAUUGCCUGGGAAUGUCAUUUCCAAAGUCAUUAUCCAGCAACCUACAGGUCUGCACAUGCCCAUGGGUAUGAAUGAGCUGGGCAAUCAAUGUUUAAAAAAAGAGAACAGUGAAUUGCGGAGAACUGUGUACCUAUGUACAGAUGAUAAUUUGAGAGGCGCUGAUAUGGACAUAGUCCAUCCUCAAGAAAGAAUGAUGGAGAGUGACUACAUUGUGAUGCCCAGAAGUUCUGUAAAUACCCAGCCAUCAAUGAAAGAAGAAAACAAAAUGAAUAUUGGCAUGGAAACCCUGCCCCAUGACAGGCUAUUGCACUAUAAAGUGAAUCCUGAAUUCAACAUGAAUCCUCCUGUCAUGGACCAGUUCAACAUGAACUUAGAGCCACAUCUUGCACCCCAGGAACAUAUGCAGAAUUUGCCCUUUGAGCCUCGCACAGCUGUGAAGAACUUCAUGGCCUCUGAGUUGGAUGAAAACGCAGGAUUAUCGAGAAGUGAAACUGGAUCAACGAUAUCAAUGAGUUCUUUAGAAAGAAGAAAAUCACGAUAUUCAGACCUUGACUUUGAGAAGGUCAUGCAUACAAGGAAGAGGCAUAUGGAACUGUUUCAGGAACUCAAUCAGAAAUUUCAAACUUUGGACAGAUUUCGGGACAUACCAAAUACAAGCAGUCUGGAAAACCCAGCACCAAACAAGAAUCCAUGGGACACUUUCAAAAACCCCAGUGAAUACCAACAUUACACCACAAUCAAUGUCUUAGAUACAGAGGCAAAGGACGCUUUGGAACUGAGGCCAGCAGAGUGGGAGAAAUGUCUGAAUUUACCUCUGGACCUGCAAGAGGGUGACUUUCAAACAGAAGUUUAACAAAAUCAAAAUGGACUGAGGUGAAGACAAAAUUUAUUGCACUGACACUUAAGACUUGGACUUGGGAAGCCUGACAUUUCCAUCCGGACAGUGUGACUUUGCUCUGUCAGCACCUCCACGUGCCAAAUGUCAGUGGUGUUUGCUUGGUAACUUGUCACUAGUCAGGCUAGUGGAGAGAGGCCCAGGUGUACAGUUCUGACCACCCUGUGUUGUAAGUACCCGUGGAAUGGAUUUGUAAGGUAAUCUUUAUAGAUAAACCUCAAGCAACGAUUCAUGUUGUAACCGCUUCAUAUGGUUUAGUUUUCAAAAAACUUCACCAUGAAGCACAAUGUAUAUAUUUAUGCAGUUUUUAAAGUUUAUAACAGUCUGUUUGGCCAUUACUACACUUUUUACUUUAUAAUAUAAAAGCAAAGUUUUUGUCAUUAAAUGAAUGUUUGUUGAGCUACAUUCUUCAUUGCUUUAAAUGCAAUAAAGUAAUAAUCUCACUUUUAUAUGAAUAAUAUAUUUCACAUCUUUAUUAUUGCAGUUUUCUCUAGAAAGCUCUGAGUAGCUUUCUCUGCUGCAGCUGUGUAUAAAAUAUUUAAAAUGUUGUAUGGUGUAAAUAAACUUUUGUCUACAUAUCAGUUUUUUUAGUGCAUUUUAUUUUGGAUUUGUUGAACAGAAAUUUACAUAUUUAUAAAGUUUUUUUUUCAUUACAGAUACUGAAAAUGUAUUCAUGGUUUUAAUAGUAUACUGUUAUUACUCCUUUGAGGCUAAUGAUUUCUCAAAUGUAAUAGUAGGUUUGUACAGCGCUUCUGUAUUUUCUACUCAAACACCCUUUGGAACAAUGUACCAUGUAAAUGGGGCUUGUCAGAAAUCUGCUGCCAUCAUACUCUUACAUAAAUAUUAUGUUUUUUUUCUAUCUUGUGGUGAAAAGACAACUAGUAGAAAACAGUAAGUUACCAUACAAAAAAAAAUAAUACAGGGAAAAUGUUUAUUAUAAGUAAUGACGUUCACUGCAUGUUUCACAAGAGAAACUACUUGUACUGCUGUUCUUCAUAGCGUAUGGGAAAAUGAACCUGUUGGGAUUUUUUAAAAAUCAUAUCUGUAUGUUCUCUAACAGAAGGAAAGGGGGAGUGAAUGUAUUCGGGGGAUGAUUCAUCUGUGAUUCGAAGUCUGAGGUGAGCUGACUGCAGAACGCCCCUGGUGUCCUGUCUGGUGUUAAGAGUGACACCAUGAUGUCCCCCACACCUGCACGGUGGCCCUGGAGGAAACCCGGGAUGGGAGUGGGGGAGGAUUUCUGUGAUUCCUCAUCCUUUCAAGUGGAUGAUGAGAUUGUGCUUUUCAGGGAAGUAGAGGGAGUGGAGAGGAGAUUGGGUCUUCAGAAUCUCUAGGAUGACUCUCUAGUUGCUGGUUAAGCCUGAGCUGCAUUUCCGUGGUCUGGCUGAAAUUCAAGAGAGCUGGCUCCUGCUGAUCAUGACCGUGGGGACCCGGCCCGCAGGCCACGAGGCAGACACCAAGGUGCUUCACCCUCAAGGGCGCCUCUGAGCUUGAGCCUUAAAACCCAACUCCUGUCAGACAACCUUCAUGUGCUCCAUGUAAAGACGCGAGAAGUAUAUUUUUAAUCAGAUUUUAAAAAUAAAAGUGACACCAUUAUGCAAAAAAAGAGUAUAACAUAACAGAGGACUGUUUUUUCAAUAAAAUAAACUUUAUGCUAAUUAUAAUGUAA